AGCUGGAUUCCUCACUUCUUCAUCCUCGACCGUCCGAUCCCAACAAGAGAGUUCGAUGGACGGCAGGCAGAUGAUGAUGGACGCACAUAUUUUUACAUCGGAACCCCUAAUCAAAGAGAAAUUCGAUGAUUCGCCUCUCCCCGCCCCGGCUUAAAGAGGACGCGAGUGGCUCGCCGCCGGAGACGAAGCGCUAGUCGGAGAACGAAGGUCCUUGCCGAUGGGGCGAGGGAAGUUCAAGGCGAAGCCUACGGGCCGAAGGAACUUCUCCACGCUCGAGGAGUUGGAAGCGGGCCGAUCAGCUCGUCCUCGCUCCUUUAAACAGGAACAAAUUGUGCAAAAUAAACAAGAAGAUUCUGAUGAAAGUGGAGAAGAGUCUGGAGAUAUAGUUGAGAGAAGGAAGGGCACAAUUCCUUUCAUUGAGAUUGAAAAUCCGAACUUGGUAAAGCCAAGAAGCUCAAAAGCUAAAGAAACUAAUCUGGAAGAACCAAUUGAACUAUCAAGACGAGAGAGAGAGGAGAUAGAAAAACAAAGGGCUCAUGAGCGAUAUAUGAAGUUGCAAGAACAAGGAAAAACAGAACAAUCUCGAAAGGAUUUAGAACGUCUAGCUUUGGUACGCCGGCAAAGAGCUGAAGCAGCUAAAAAACGAGUAGAGGAGAAAGCUGACCUUCCUGAUCUCCCCCGUCUUCCCCUUCUUCACCCUGAUGGAGCCCAUCUUGUCCAUGCCGCCGGCGAAGGCCUCGAAGAAACGCGCCUUGUCCCGGCCCAACUCCUGGACCACCGGCCGGGUUCGGCUGUCCGAGUACAGCGCCUGGUCCGUGGCGAGCAGGCCCAUCCCGGCCUCCAGGUUGCCGUAGUACAUGUGGUCGAAGUCGAAGGGCGUGCGCACGUCGAAGGGCGCCACGACGUCGCCGUUGCCGCCGGCGCGCGGGCACGACAUGCGCAGUGCCUUUAGGAGCCGCGGGUCGAGCGAAGGGUCGCCGCCGGUGGCGCUGCCGCGGAAGUCGUAGAGGCGACCCACGAACUGGUCGC